CAGACCGUCUACAGAGGCAAGAACACACGUAGUUUAGACAUACAACCUCUUGCAAAGAAUCGGCCUCUGGUACGUGAUUCUGAGUUCAAUCGGAGAGGAUUUAUGCAAAUGACAUCCAUUUAUCUAAACGCUUGCGCUGGUGUACUUAACCCUGAUUUUGUACUAUGAACCCGAAUGAUAUGUAUUCAUGUAGGAAAUCACAUCUCGCAUCCAUUAUUCUGUGAAAUACACCACUGUACUGACAAGCUUCUAUGUGAAGGGUGCCGAGAUGCUGCCGAAUUCACGCUGUUUGGAAAGGCCUACAUAAUAAAAUAGUGGAAUUAUAUUUGAUUAGAUAAAAGAGGAAAUGCCUCUAAACGACAGGCGAACACGCCCUAAGGUGCGUGGCAAAUUUCAUGUUAAACAUCAGUCUGAUAAAAUGAAAUAUGAAGCUGAAAGAAGACAGACAUUUAAAGCUUGGAGUGGAACAUGCCCUGUAAAGCCAGAAGAGCUGGCAAAGGCUGGAUUUUUCUACGUCGGAGUAUUGGACAGAGUGAAAUGCUAUUCAUGUGGUGGACAGAUUGAAGGCUGGGAAGAGGGCGACACCGCCAUAGGGGAACAUACGAACCUAUAUCCGCAUUGUGACGUGGUAAAGAACCAGGAUAAAAGUAAUGUUUCAAUUGGAUUGAAAGGGGGAGAUGAUAAUGAAACCGAUGGAUACGUCUCCCAGAAUAGGAAUAUUGACUAUGUCCUUGACUUUUGUAGACUUUAUUCAUCGGGAAGAUUGACUGCCAAAUAUCCACGUUAUACAAAGGAAGAGACGCGACUCGAAACUUUCCGAGAUAAAUGGUCAGAUAAAUUCAAAUUACCUUCUUCCGAGACUAGGUGGCUGGCAAACGCUGGGUUUUUCUAUACUGGUCCCGAUGACGCAGUAAGAUGUUUCCAUUGCGGAGGUGGUCAUAUGUGUUGGGAAGAGGAUGAUGAGCCUUGGAGCGAGCACGCCCGAUCCUUUCCAACAUGCAAAUGGCUUCUUGCAAUGAAGGGCAAACUUUUUGUUGACGAAGUACAGGAAUAUUUCAAGAAUGCAAAAGUGAAUGCGGCGGAACAAGAGACCCCGACUACAGACACCUCAUCAGCUUCUACACUUGUGCCCAGGGCAGAAACGGCUUCGGGUUAUGCAAAAGAAGUACCUACAAAUCGGAUGGACAAGCUGAUGGGUAGCGCAACUGUAGAAUUUAUUCUAAAGAAUGGAUUCGCCGAGGCGUCCGUGCGUCAGAUUUUGGCCGAACAUACUCUUAAAAUGGACUUCUCAUCUUCAGACAAAUUAAUUGAAGCUCUACAGGCGAUCGAGAAAGGGAACAACUCAACUGAAGACAAAUCAGUGGGAUCUUUAGAUAGCCGGAUUGAGAUGCAGACAAAAGGACUUGCUAAUCUUGAGAUAAAAGGAGGUCCGAGACAGGAGGAAGCAUCGAAUAUUCAUACUGAUCAGAAGACCAUCGUCACUGCAAAAUCUUCAGGACACAAUCGUAGGUUUGACUAUGAGGAUGAUAGUGAAAAAAUACUAUACUUUUAAAUGAUAGUCUUAUCAUCAAAUUAAUCAAAUGGAAAUAGAGAUUAUCUGUUCCAUUCUGACACAACAAAAGACUGAUGGAAAUGUGUAUUUAUUGAACAUUCUUUUCCAUUGUUAAUCUGAAUAAUUGCCUUGAAUCGAAUCAUUAGAACCAUUGCCGACAUCCCAUCGGAAUAGGUAUGAACCUAGUAGAGAAAAGGCCUCAUGCCACCAGAUUUUUUUUUUGUGAGCAUGAAGUGGCCGGUCAUUGAACUCAUGUUGCUCUCAUUCAUUUGACUUAAAGUUUAAAAUAUAUUUCAUUAUAAGCAUGAUGAUGCAAUUUGUCAGUCGAACUACAGUCAUCUCUUUUUAAAAUCCAUGUUAAAGAAAUUUGUAUUGCCUAAAAGAUUUAGUAAAAUAUGAAAAUAUGAAUAUGUUUUCACAGUACAAUUUGCGUAACUGAAGUUCUGAACCAGUACAGAGCACGAUUUAUUCACCCUGUUAACAUUUUCUUUGUAAAGUCAAUUUUUUUUUUUUGAUCGAAACUGUUCAACGGUAUAAAAAGCCGCACUAUGAUGAUUUCUAUUUCGGAAGUGUAAUCUAGUAUACUGUACUUCGUGUACCAAACUAAUCCAUAUUUUCAGAAUUCAAAUGCCAAAUUUUUUUUGCAUCAAAAAAAAAUCCACAAGAGCUAACAAAAGGAAAUAAAAACAAAGAUACGACACCCAAUCUUACUAGAUGUAAGUUUUAGUAUAACGGUUUAUUUUUUUCAUGUGGUUUCUCUUCAAGUUAACUAUCCUGAAUGGUUUAUUGCCUAUAUCAUGUCCACUUAAACAUGUCAAAUACAGCCCAUAUAAUACAACACUUUGGAGUGAAUUGUUAAAAGGGAACCGGUUAAAAAUAAUUACAUCUAAAUAAAUAGAGCAAAAUUCACUGAACAAAAUGCUAAACAUUUUCAUCGAAAUCGGAUAACAAAUAACGAAGUUACUGAAUCUUACACUUAAUAGCAAUAUU